AUGGUCUCCAUUGCCAGUGCUUACAACCCGGCGCUCACGCCCAUUUCCUCCGGCGACCGCUCCAAAAUGCUCUCCGCAUCCUCCCCCGUAUCCAUCCUGAAAUCCUCCAAGACCGGCACAAAACGCAAGAUGGACGAGGUGGACUUCGAUGUGUCUCGCUCGUCCCCCACGGACCGGUUCAACGAGGUCUCCGCUCCCAACAAGAAGCGCGCCCGCGUCACCUUCGACACGAACAUUCAGAUGCAACACGCCCCGAGCCAGGUCGACCCAUUGAACUCUGCCCAGAACGUGGGUGUGGUCCGUGAGGCCGUUCGUCGGGCUAUUCAUCGACAUGUUUCCGCCGGCGAUAGCGAGGCUUACGACCAAAUCAAGGCCAUCUUCUCAGCCGACCCGAAGAAAGCCGACGACCCUUUGUAUCACUACGAUCUCCCCUCGCACACAACACUGAGACACCACUUGAUGGGUCUGCUCUCCCAUGUCGCCUCCCUGGACCGGGAUUGCAGCGGUCUUGUCAAUGCCAUCAUCAACAGCGAGUGGCUAGGUCGGGACGAGUCUUACGUCAAGCUCUAUAUUCGCUUCCUCGGCAACCUUGCGGCGGCCCAGGGCACAUUCCUCAGUCCAAUUUUCAAAAUGCUGCUCACACCACUCGCUGGUGUUCCCCCGCGGCACCGGUCAGCUGCCCGGUUACCCUAUUGUCCCGCCGGAAGUAGCACAUUGUCGCCUAUCCUGGCUCAACAAUUCCCGUACGAAACCGACCCGGCGAAAUCCUACGUCGCCUACACUCGCAACAUCAUACACAUUUCAAGCUACGCUCCAGAACUCCAGUCCGACAUCCUAGCUCUGAUCACUGAGAAGCUAGUCAAGGUUGACGUUCAGAUUCAAGCCGAUUUGGAAGAUUUCGAAGAAGAGCUCGAGGAAGAGCUUCUGAAUGUCGCAGCCGAUGAGGAAGAGGAGUUGGGUAGUGAUGACGAAUCAGACCUGAGCGAUGACGAGGAUAGUGAGGAACAACGUGUUUCGGUGAUGAAGAGUAACAUUCACAAAGUGGAUGGAAUGAUUGACGUUCUUUUCGAAUAUUACACUCGCUCUUUCACGACUGGCCGCCACGACGAUCAGGAAAACGCUCUGAAACUUCUCCUGGGCCACUUCGAAUCAAUUAUUCUCCCGACAUACAAGUCACGACACACACAAUUCCUCCUGUUUCACUUCUCCCAGAUUUCUCCGCAGCUGGUACACCAAUUCACCGCUACUUGUACGAAACUCAUUCUACACACACAGAAGCCUGGUAUUACGCGCCAGUCUGCAGCUGCAUAUCUGGCCAGCUUUGUUGCUCGAGGCGCGCACAUUCCCGGGGAUGUCGUUCGUGAAGUCUUCGACACUUUGGCCAAUCAUCUGAACGAGAUGCGGAUAGCCCACGAACCUGGUUGCCGUGGCCCUGACCUUCGUCGCUACGCUCCAUUCUACUCCACCACGCAAGCACUGCUGUACAUUUUCUGCUUCCGUUGGCGUGACUUGACCACCGCUGCCGCUGAGGGCGAUAGUCCCGAGCAGGUGGAAGAGCUGGACCCUAGCGAAGUCACAUUUCCUCCUCACAUCAAGGAGGUUCUUAACAACGCGAUCCACUCUCGUUUGAAUCCCCUCAAGAUCUGCUCGCCCGGUAUCGUCAACGAAUUUGCCCGCAUCGCCCACCAUUUCCAAUUCCUCUACGUCUUCACUCUUAUCGAGACGAACAAGCGUGUCCGCAUCUCAGCAUUCCGAAGCAUUUCUAGCAUGUCCAAUUUCAAUAACGUCGGCCGUGAGACUCGCGCAGGUGACCAACUCGGCUACCAGCUUGACGCUUACUUCCCCUUUGAUCCCUACCAGCUCCCGCGCAGCCGUCGCUGGUUGGAAGGUGACUACGUUGAGUGGCGCGGUAUCCCAGGAUUGGACGCCGCAGACGACUCAGAUAGCGGAGCCGACGACGACGGUGACGAUGACGAUGAAGAUGCCACUGGCACUGACGAGGAGUGA